GGACUUCGAGAGCAAUGACUGCAGAUUCAAUCCAAGUAUCAAACUCCUGUCGUGUGUGUACUUGUCGGUGCCUGAAGCGAAAAGUAGCCUAUCAUGUCAAGAUCGGAAGCAAGUGAGCGCUGUUCCCCUUGUAUUUCCUGCCUCUGCAUUACAUUGCUCAUUGGUUUUGCGCUUGUAUUCCCCCGUUUGUUUGGUCAAUGUCCUUUUUCCUGUCCAACAAUAAUAUAAGCCUCAUACUUUCAUGGAUUGUUCCUUGUAUCGCUUUUUCUUUCGUUAGUCGAUCGUUCAAAACUCUUGAUCUGUCGUGGCUUUCCGUGAUUUAGUCAUCCGACAGCACACAAAAAGAGAAACGAGGAAGAUUUGUUGACAAAGCGUUGAUCCAAAUACUUGAACAAAUACUAAGUAUGCUGGAUCCAACAUCAACGAGUGGAGAAUAUCGUGAACUUGGAUUCAUAGAGGUUUUGGUAUCGUUUAUAUAUCAGAGCGUGGUCGUGAAGAGGCAUUUAUUACUGUAUACAUAGAAGUGAUUUGUGAAAUUUCUUGUUUAAAAGCAAUCAUCAGACUCUCAUCCAUCCAAAAACUGUAGGAAGAAACGCAAUCUGAGAGCUGAGUCUGAGUUUAGUCCAAGUACGUACGAAACCACAUCUACUAAAUCUUCGCAUUUUUCAUUAAGAGAUCUUCAUUGAUUCAAGUACUAUACCCCAUCUCAUACCUCCUUUUUGAGCGUGAUUUUCUUUACAACGACUUUGCAACUACAAGAAGAUCUGAUCACAUCAUCUACAAAGCACCUAAAUAAAUUCAAGAAGAAGUAUCUUCCACAACGAACAACAACAGACAAGAUGUUGUGCAAGGGCGCUUUGGCACUGGAGAUUCCGGGUAUGGUAGAGGUGUCUACCUCCCGCAGCAUGUCUCUGACUCAGCUGACUUCCGAGUACGACGUGGUGGUCCUCGAUUUUUACACCACUUGGUGCAAAAAAUGUCCGGAGGCUGCUAAGGAGAUGCAACGCUUGGCUGAGAACUUCCCUGCUACAGAGGGCACCAUCAAGAAGGCCGUUUUCGUCUUGGUGAACCUGGAGAACGAUCUUGAAGGGGCUGUGGAAUUCUGCGAGGAGCAUGGUAUCGAAAACACUUUCGGAAGCGACAAGAAUGUUAUGAUGCUUGAACAAUAUGAGGAAUCGUUUUUUAAUGACUACAGCUCAUGACAACAGCUCUAGGUGUAGCUAAGGUCAUCGUACAUUGUUUUUCUAUCUGUAGAAGUUCUUUGGACACGUACAUUGUUUUCCUCGUCUUAAUCCCUUCGUCCAAUCAUAUCUGUAGUUUGGAUGGUGCCAACCCCUGACUCUUCUAACACUCCCAAGUCCGAGCUUCUCUCUGUGAUCAUUGACGAUGACCUGUUGCCUUCGGAGUAUGGAGUUCAGGGGAUUCCUCACAAGACUGUCAUCCGCAACGGCAAGAUUGUGGCGAACGGCGUCGACGUAGAUCUCGAGAAGGACAUUGUCGCGAGUAAGACCAUCCUCGAAGCAGAGGUCAAGGUUAUGAUGAUAUUUUGGUAGGUAAUAACAACAAGCAACUGAUCGAUGUGUUUAAGGCUGUAGUUGUUACCUAAGACAACUCCUCCUAUCAACAGGUGAUAAGUAGAUGCCUCCUAGUACUCGUAGCUGGUUGUCGUUUGUAGUAGCUCGCUUGUGAGAAGAAACAAAUUAAUAAAUAAGGGGGCUCGGGCUCGCUCAAAUGAAUUAGUAACAAUUACAUCAAGGUGGAUCGCGAUCGACGUGCUGCUCCAGAACUCCUUCUAACAACACCACCACUGGAGAUGAUUCCUCUACUACCGGGUCGCCAGAUGCCUCUUCUGAUUCGGAGAGCGAGGAACUUUUGGGUAAGUUCGAGGAUCGCGCCCGCGCUUUGUCGGUGUCCGCAGAUUUGAAGGCGAAGGAGAAGGGUGAGCUUUUGCUCGCACACAACCAGCAACGCUGGGUGAUGUUCCCUAUCAAAUAUCCGGAAAUUUGGGAGAUGUACUAAGACAUUUCAAAUCAGGAUUCAAAAUUAUCUUCUUGAACAAUUUCCAGGCUGAUCUUCAUUAUGGCAUCGUCAAGUAGAACAAGCAAAUAUGCCUGAAAGCAGUCAUGAUAAACAUCACUACACUGAUCAUCUCUACAUGCACUACCUCCCGUUUUUAGGCAACUUCAUCUCUAGAAACAACUCAUACUCAAUAGGUACAAGCAGCACGAGGCCUCUUUUUGGACCGCAGAGGAGAUUGAUCUCUCUCAGGAUAUGACCGACUGGGAUAAGCUGAGUGCAAACGAGCAGCACUUCCUUAAGCACAUUUUGGCCUUCUUCGCUGGAUCUGAUGGCAUUGUGCUCGAAAAUUUGAACCUGAACUUCGCAUCCGAAGUGCAGCUGCCGGAAGCGAGAGCCUUUUACGGAUUUCAGGCAGCCAUGGAAAACAUCCACAGCGAAACCUACUCGCUUCUGAUCGAUCAAUACUGCCGUAACUCUACUUUCACUAGCAAUUUGUAUGAUCUGAAUUUGACUUAAUACAUAGUUGAUGUGUCUGGAAGAUGCUCAUACUUAGAGGGUUCGUUCAUUCUCUACUGCUCUUCCUCGUUGUUCUGAUUUGCUACAAAAAAUAGGUUCUUUUCCAUCUACAGACAACUUUUCCAUCUACAGACAAUCUUCAUCUUGAAAUUUUCAUCCUUCUAACUCUACUCAGGUAACGACGAAGCUGAGAAGACGAAGUUGUUCAACGCGAUCACGACUAUUCCAGUGAUUGAGAAGAAGGCCAAGUGGGCCUCCAGCUGGAUGAAUGGAAACCUCUGCUUCGGUAUGCGCUUAGUGGCAUUCGCAUGUGUAGAAGGGAUUUUGUUUUCCGGAUCCUUCUGUGCCAUCUACUGUUAAGGCUUCCGCUUCCAAAUCCAUCUUGUUCUUGACAGACAGGCCUCCUGAAGAGGGUUUCGGGUUUUCAAGGGUAAAAGGUACUCAGUCUCAGGAUGCCUCUGGAGAUGGAUUGCGGCGAGCGCUAAUACGCGUUGAAGAAGCGUGGUUUGAUGCCAGGUUUGACCUUCUCAAACGAACUCAUCGCUCGUGACGAAGGUUUGCAUGCGGACUUCGCGUGCUUGCUCUACAACAUGUUGGAAAACCGCUUGCCGCAGGAUGUUGUGCACGAGAUCGUGCGAGGAGCAGUGGGAGUCGAGCGUGAGUUCAUCUGUGACGCCCUCAGUUGCGACUUGAUCGGCAUGAACAAGAAACUCAUGGGGCAAUACAUCGAGUUCGUGGCGGACCGACUGCUUCAGGCACUGCAUUUACGGCUAUACUUAUUUUUCUUUCUUCUACUAGUCUAAAAACAGUAUGAAGUGCUGUAAGUAGACGUACUAGUUGUAACAAACAAGAAUGAAUGACUAUUAUCGACCCUAGCAGGGUGAUUAAAUCAGAAUCAUCAAGAUUGGAUACAAUUCUUCCUCUUCUUCUGCUUCAAGCUACACAUCUAAUCUUAUACGACAAGCUGUUCAACGUGAAGAAUCCUUUCGACUGGAUGGAGCUCAUCUCCUUGCAGGGCAAGACCAACUUCUUCGAGAAGCGCGUCGGAGACUACCAGAAGGCAGGAGUAAUGAAGGCAGCAGAAACGACCACUGAGGGAGCGGGUAACGACGCUCACGCCUUCUCUAUGGAUGAGGACUUCUAGGUGGUGCUUUGCCAUUUUGCUAGGAGCUGUAGUGAAGAACGAGGAGGAUGAAAAUGAUCUUCAUGUUGUCAUAGCAGAGCUUUCAACUUUUACGUCAACGUAAGUCGUCACAACGUAUAGAUAGAUAAUCAUGAUGGAACAAGCAAGUAGAAAUUCUAAUUCAGCGCAAGUAGUAGUAGUACGUACUAUCAUCUAUAAUCAGAAGGAUUUGUGAGAAUACCUACUUUUUUCAAGUUAGUUCAAAUCGAGAUUGCAAGAAGUGAUGUAACUGUGACUGUGAGUACGUACUUUUUCACAAACCUCUUUCUAACCGUGUGCAGAGAUGAUAGAUACGAUGGAUUAGUGAGUAGUUACUUUUUUUGACCCCUAAGCAAUAUACAUAAAUCGACUCCCCACCUCCAAAAUAUAUAUUUAUUCCCCAAAGGCAAAGAAUGAAACGCAAAAUAAACCCACCAACGCGCUUUAUUUUUCGAUCGGAUCUUAUUCCUAUCUUAGAACUAAAAGUACUACGCAGUCGCGGGAACAGUGUGCUCAGUGGAGUCGUCUCUCCGAAGACGUCUCUGCUGUUGUUUACUUGUUUCCCAUAAGUAUAUUGUGAACUCGUUAUUGGUACUAUUGCAGAUAUUCUUCAUCUACUCUCAACUCUCGAAUCUCACCAGAGAUCGAUUGACGACUCGACUGUAUGUGUCAUCCCGUGCAGUCGUUUAGCUUGAAAAAGGUAAUAGUUUACUACAUCAACUCAACGACAAUCACUAUUCUAUGGCACAACACCUUUAGGUGGAAUUCAUGAUAUUAGAUAAUAGAUGUAAAUUAUAGAUGUAGAUAUAGAUCAAGAUCUACUCCUACAGGAGAGGUCUAAGGAGAUGAAGAUCCUCAAGACUUGUCGAUACAGCUUACAAGUUGUAGUCAUUUCUUAGCAUUCUUUCGGAUUGCAGCAUGUGACGCUGACGUUCAUCUCAAAUAUUUACCAAGAUCGCAGUUCAAGUAGCGGCUACAACAACAACAUCGCAGUUCCAGUUUGUACUAGUAGUUGUUUUAUUGAAAACGGGGAUUUGCUUCUAACCAUGAUCAGUACUGGAAGCAGAAGAGUCAGAUUGCUAGUUGUUGGUUCAUUUGGUAUGUUGUUGCAGCUAAGAAUCGGUCUGCAAUCCUUGACUGAUUCACGCUGUAUGGGGACAACGCCUAGGAGGGGGUAGAACAGCUAAAAGCAGCUACUUAUCUGGGAA